GUGAUAUGGGUUGACUGUGGUGUGCAUUGGAACGCCUGUGGAAUAUUAUGUACUUGUGUCUCGUCUCGUCUCGAGGGUCUCGACGAUAUUUCUUCUAAAAGAAAAAAAAAAACAUAAGCUUAUAGCAUCGAAAUUGUAAAUAUAAAUGCAGAGAAUCAAGAUCUUUUGUCGGAACGUGAUCUAUCCACCAGGGGCCACUCCGCUUCCAUGGAAGACAAUAAUUCUACUCUUUGUUUCACUGAUUGGCACUGCAAUGACAAUAAGUUUGCUGUUUCCAUUUCUUCCUGCAAUGGUGAAGUGGUUCGGCAAAUCAGAACAAGAAGCAGGAUAUUCUGCAGGGCUCAUUGCCUCAGCCUACUUCAUGGGAAGGGCAGUUUCUGGGUACUUCUGGGGUAUGCUUUCUGAUAAGUUUGGCCGCAGACCGAUAAUGUUGAUAUCAGUUCUGAUGCUCGCUAGCACCACCCUGAUGUUUGGCUUCAGUGAGUCGGUAACUUGGGCUGUGGCAACAAGGGCAGCUGCAGGAUUCUCAAAUGGAGUUAUAGGGACUGCAAAGACCAUAAUAUCUGAGAUCUGUGAUAACUCAAAUCAGGCUCUUGGCAUCACCAUGGUAACUGUUGCCUGGACAACAGGAAUGGUACUAGGACCCGCUAUUGGAGGUUAUUUAGCUGAGCCAGGUGAAAAGUAUCCUUCUACGUUUUCUCCUGGGUCAUUGUUUCAUAGAUUUGCAUUUCUGAUGCCCAAUGCGAUCAACUCGGCGCUGUUAAUGGUCGGCUUUCUUGCUCUUUUCUUCGGAUUGCAGGAAACCCUCCAGAAAAGCGAAAAGCCGCUUGUUGAUUUAAAAGCUGUUUCAAGUAAAGUUGAAGGCACUCGUGCAUCACAGAAUGUUAACAACGAAAACAAAACCGAAGACACAAGUAGCGAUUACGAAAUGAACAUUCGUUCAAGAAAGACAGAAGAUGUCAAGAAACACUUAUCGAAAAAUGGCCUGCCCAGUGGCGACCUGGCUUGUAGGGACGUUUGCGAGGCAGAGAAGAACUCAAUACGAACCUGCAUGUCUAAUGAAGACCCCCCCACAGACAAGCCUGGGGUGUGCUGUGUUUGCUUAGCAAAAUACAGGGGUAGCAACUUCAUGAAGAUCUUAAGGGAUCAGGGCGCUGUUAUUAGCAUCAUUACAUACUCGGUUUUUUCGUUUGCUCAUAUCGGUACUGACGAGCUGUUCAACCUCUGGGUUGCUACCGAGCCACGAUACGGCGGUCUCGGCUUUUCCACGGAUCAAAUUGGCACCGUUCUGUUGAUUUCUGGCCUUGUUCUCACUUUCCUCGGCCCGACGGUUCUUCCUAAGAUUGAGCAGAAGAUAGGAUCAAUAUUGAUGUUCCAGAUCUUUGCUACCUUAGCGAUAUUUACCACCAUCAUCUUACCGUGCCUCCGAGCCGCCUAUGACAUGCCGGUCACCCUGUGGACUUGUUUCCUCCCAAUCGUAAUGACCCAUCAGCUGUCUGCAAAUGGAAGUUUUCUCGCCGUUUUUAUUUUCAUCAAUAACUCAGUGCCGUCUGAGCUGCUUGGCACCGUGAACGGGCUUAGCAUGGCGGUCACCUCUGUUUUCAGAGCGUUAGCGCCCUCUGCUAGCGGCAGCCUUUUCGCGUGGUCGAUUAGCGAAGGCUACAAGCUUGGCUUCCCGUUUAAUGUAAACCUCGCCUUCAUUUUUCUGGGAUUGAUUAGACUUCUAAGUGUGGUAUUUUGCUGUUUUCUUAGCCAAGACCUUAACAAGCAGAAAAUAAGGCCCAAGGCUAGAACAGAGGAUACUGCUUUAUUUAGAAGAAGAAAAGUAGUAGAAACAACACCUGUUUGGGAGUCAGCGGUAUAGCACAUGCGCAACAGCACGUGCGCAACGCUAUUGCCUCGGCCAAGCAAGUAACAACUAGUCGCUGCACCAGCGUUAACUAGGGCUACAAAAGGAAUCACCGAAAAAUGUAGUCUGCAUUUUGUACCUGCUGGUGAGCUAUUUUCUCGGGGGCUCGUACACUUGAAAGCCCCGUGUAAACUGCGCGAGCACCAGCCAGCAUUGCUGGCGAAUUUCGGAAGAUAUCUAAAAAUAUAUAUAUAUAUAUUUUUUAAAUUAUUACAGAAUAAACUAAUUGUUGAUACAUUUUAAAUAAAAAAAGGAACACAGUCAUAUUUUUGAAGACGAUAUGUCGUCUGCAUAUGCGAAUUGAACGAGGUGGAGGCCAUUGUAAUGCCCGCUAAGACCCCUGGGUAUUCGAGCAUAAGGUGAUGUAACAUCCAAGUCUGGUUUCACUGCUGCGUGUUAUUUUAAUUAUUUUAAUUCAAAUAAAAUAUUUGUUUCAUGAUUCGAUGGGGGUACGUUUGAAUAAUUAAAUGCCUAUAUGAGUUGUACUAAGAAAAUGAUCAAUUAGGACAUGUGAAUAAACCUUACGGGCAUAAUUAUUA